AGUGUUCAGUCCGAGCACAGAUAUACGUUUUCCUCAAACAAUGUACGCAUUAAGUCUACUUCUAUUGUAACUAUAUAUUCAAACCCUAUUCUACGACGAAUUAUUUGGAACCAUGAGUAUUGAUACUGAAACUAGAGUGAGUAUUUUCUGUGCUUACUUCGUCAUAGCUUCGGUUGGAUACGUUCUCCUAAACCAGGAAGAUAAUUCUCAUUAUCAAAAUAAGAACAAUUCUCUCCAGGAUCUAGGAUGGAUCCUGGACGAGUUAAGUAGGUUUCCCAGCAGCUCCGGAUCCUAUGUGGUCGAUAUCUGCGCCAGAACUUGUUUAUUCUUUACAGUUCUUGUGUUCGUAUUAGGUGAAUUAACCGGGAACGUUAGCCAAGUGGAUAAGCUGUGGAGUAUCCUACCCUGUGUCUAUGUAUGGGAGAUUGCUCUAGUAUCUCCCUCCCCCCGUCUCUACCUAAUCCUUCUCCCAGUCACAAUCUGGGGGAUUAGACUAACAUACAACUUCUCUCGUAGAGGAGGUUACAGUUGGCCGCCCUGGACAGGAGAGGAGGAUUACAGGUGGGAACAUUUGAGAAAAUGGCCGGUUUUAAAUACAAGGAUUGGUUGGUUUCUUUUCAACCUUUUCUUUAUCUCUAUAUAUCAG